GUACGAUGCAGGGAAGGAUGGCUUCAUUGACCUGAUGGAGCUGAAGCUGAUGAUGGAGAAGCUGGGGGCACCACAGACCCACCUGGGCCUGAAGAACAUGAUCAAGGAGGUUGAUGAAGACCUGGACAGCAAGCUCAGCUUUCGGGAGGUGAGGAGCUGGGAGGUGUACCCGGCUUGGCUCAGCGCUGGGCUGGGGGAGGACAGUGGGCUGCACGCCCUGGCCCGGCUCUCCGAGAUCGACGUCUCCACGGAGGGGGUGAAAGGUGCCAAGAACUUCUUUGAGGCCAAG